AUGGAGGUGCUGCGGCGCUCCUCGGUCUUCGCCGCCGAGAUCAUGGAUGCCUUUGACCGCUCGCCCACCGACAAGGAGCUGGUGGCCCAGGCCAAGGCGCUCGGUCGUGAGUUCGUGCACGCGCGGCUGCUGCGCGCUGGCCUUUCCUGGAGCGCGCCCGAGCGCGCCGCGCCGGUCCCCGGCGGCCGCCUGGCUGAGGUGUGCGCCGUGCUACUGCGCCUGGCGGACGAGCUGGAGCUGAUCCGGCCCAGCGUCUACCGCAACGUGGCCCGCCAGCUGAACCUCUCGCUGCAGUCGGAGACCGUGGUGACCGACGCCUUCCUGGCUGUGGCGACCCAGAUCUUCUCUGCAGGCAUCACGUGGGGCAAAGUCGUGUCCCUGUAUUCGGUGGCUGCGGGGCUGGCCGUGGACUGUGUGCGGCAGGCCCAGCCCGCCCUGGUGCACGCCCUCGUCGACUGUCUCGGGGAGUUUGUGCGGAAGACACUGGCAACCUGGCUGAGGAGGCGUGGCGGAUGGACAGACGUGCUCAAGUGUGUGGUCAGCACCGACCCCGGCCUCCGCUCCCACUGGCUGGUGGCCGCGCUCUGCAGCUUUGGUCGCUUCCUGAAGGCUGCCUUCUUCAUGCUGUUGCCGGAGAGAUGA